UGCCAGCAAGACAUACUUCUGACUGCAGAUUUUUUUUCAGAUUUACAGACCCUGUCUGCAGAUAUUUGAAAUUUUUACCUGGCAUCUCUGCAGCCAGCAGAAGUGUGAACGGGGCAUAAGCAUUUCGAACUUUUUGUAGUCAUUGGGCAUUAGUGUCUCUUUCAAGUGUUUCUUUCUUCAUAUUAAGUGUUGUGAUUAUUGGUUCAUUAAAUAGCUUCCACUAUUAAUUUUGUUUAAUUUUUAUGGUUGAAAUUGUGAAAUUUGAUUUUACUAAUUUGAAUCAAAUUUAUAUUUGGAGAAUUUGAUUCUAGUGUUCCUAUUGUUAGCUUAUUGGGAUCAAAGAUUAUCACCACGUCUGCGAUAUGCAUCAGUUGAUUUAAAAUUUGUUGAUAAUUAUAGAAAAUACAUUUCGAUAACAUCUGUUAUAUAAUUAGCAAGUAAAAGUGAUAAGAGAUUAAUCAUGGCAAAAAAUAUUUUAUUGUUAUCAAAAUAUUCAAGACUUUUGUUAAAUAACCAUCGUUAUUACUCAGAAGCAUCAGCACAAUUUCCGAAUAUCACCACUCAUUACACAGUGAAACCAAGGGAUAAAGAUUCCAGAUGGGCAGAGGUCGAUAUGGAGCGCUUCGCAGAUGAAGCGGAUUUGCUUAUUGUCGGUGGAGGACCAGCGGGAUUUUCAGCGGCGAUUCGGGCCAAGCAAAUAGCUGCUGAAAAAGGCCAAGAACUGCGGGUGUGCUUGGUUGAAAAGUCUUCUGAAGUUGGCGGACAUAUAUUAUCUGGUGCCUGUCUUGAUCCGGUUGCGCUUAACGAACUUAUUCCCGAUUGGAAAGAUAAAGAAGCACCGCUCAAUACUCCAGUGGUUCACGACAAAUUUUCAUGGCUCUCUGAAAGUGGGAAAAUUCCUAUUCCCAUUUUCCCUGGCUGGCCCAUGGAUAACCGUGGAAAUUAUGUUGUACGUUUGGGUCACGUGGUUGCAUGGCUUGGACAACAAGCUGAAGAGUUAGGUGUUGAAAUCUAUCCUGGAACAGCUGCAGCGGAAGUAUUGUUCCAUGAGGAUGGAUCGGUUAAAGGAAUUGCCACCGGAGAUGUUGGAAUAUCAAAGACUGGCGCACCAAAAGACACAUUUGCGCGUGGAAUGGAACUGCAUGCAAAAACAACGAUUUUCGCCGAAGGAUGUCGUGGUCAUCUGUCCAAACAACUGAUGGCCAAGUUUGGACUGAAUGCUGAAAAUGAACCCCAAACGUAUGGCAUCGGCUUGAAAGAAGUCUGGGAAAUCAAGGAGGAAAAUCAUAAACCGGGUUUAGUUGAGCACACCAUAGGUUGGCCGUUGGACAAAAAUACAUAUGGUGGAUCGUUCCUGUAUCAUUUGAAUGAACCGACACCGUUGGUUGCGGUUGGGUUUGUCAUCGGGUUGGAUUAUGUCAAUCCAUACAUCAGUCCAUUCCAGGAAUUUCAACGAUUUAAGACACACCCCAAGGUAAGGGAAGUCUUUGAAGGUGGUAGUCGUAUUGCAUAUGGUGCACGAGCCUUGAACGAGGGAGGAUAUCAAAGCAUUCCAAAGCUUACUUUUCCGGGUGGUUGCUUGGUAGGAUGUGCUGCUGGUUUUAUGAAUGUGCCACGUGUUAAAGGAAGUCACUACGCGAUGAAAAGUGGCAUGUUAGCCGCAGAAAGUGCAUGUGAAGAAAUUUUUUCUGGUAAUACACAGGAAAAAACUGGCUUGGAACCAAAGGAUUACCCAGAACGAAUAAAAGAAUCGUACGUUUGGAAAGACUUGUAUAAAGUACGAAAUGCUAGACCGAGCUUUCACAACGCACUAGGACUGUACGGGGGUGUCGCUUACAGUGGAUUCACAUUGUUGCUCGGCGGUCGCGAACCGUGGACUUUGAACCAUGGGGCACCAGAUCACACUCGUUUGAAACCAGCUAAAGAGUUCAAACCGAUCGAAUACCCAAAACCGGACGGAAAAAUUACCUUUGAUUUACUUUCGUCGGUUGCUCUCACCGGAACUAAUCACGAAGGCGAUCAACCCGCACAUCUUACGUUAAAAGAUGACACGGUACCGGUGAAGAAUAAUUUGGCUAUCUAUGACGGUCCAGAGGCGCGGUUUUGUCCUGCUGGCGUUUAUGAAUUUGUGCCGAACGAUGAAGGUGGUAAUAUGAAACUGCAAAUCAAUGCACAGAAUUGCAUUCAUUGUAAAACAUGCGACAUUAAAGAUGUGACGCAGAAUAUCAACUGGGUUGUUCCGGAAAGUGGUGGUGGUCCGGCAUACAACGGUAUGUGAUUAUAGCAAAAUACUGCAUUUGAAUCAACCGCUGCUCUCCAAGGAUUUGCCAAAGGUGGUAGUAACUAGUUUUUAAAAAUGUGCAAUUGAGGAUGUAUAGAUAGUUUUCUUUCUAAAAGAUUGUAGCAGCAAAGUUAUUAGAUUUAUACAAGAGUGUUUCGUAAAUACUGUAAAAUUUAUUUUUCUUCAUUUAAAAAUAAAAUAACGAAUAUGUAAUAAAAUGAAAAAUAGUAUACCUAACA